UUCACUCAAUACAGUUGCAGCAACAAGCAAACAUGAAAUUAGUUCUCCUCACAAUAAAUCUAUUAAUAGUGGUUACUUGUCGAAAAGGCUUCGGCCCAACGGAACAGGAAUGGGGUUACGUCACAGUGCGUGAAGGUGCCCACCUGUUUUGGUGGUUACACCAAACAAGUGCCAACGUAGACAGUUAUACCGAACGACCUCUCGUAAUAUGGUUGCAAGGUGGUCCUGGCGCUUCGUCUACCGGAUAUGGUAAUUUUGCAGAACUGGGACCUUUGGAUGCUGACUUGAAUCCAAGAAACACUACAUGGAUUCAAUAUGUUAAUGUUCUGUAUGUGGAUAAUCCUGUUGGAUCUGGGUACAGUUAUACAGACUCUUUGGAUGCGCUUCCUAUCAAUAACACACAGAUUGCUGAAGAUUUUGUGGUUCUGCUUAGAGGUAUCUUUAAUAUUAUUCCAGAUCUGAAAAAUAUGCCAAUGUAUAUCUUUUGUGAAUCUUAUGGAGGAAAAAUGGCAGUCGAAAUUGCCUUAGCAGUUAACCAGGCCGUUAAAAAUGGGUCACUGGAAGCUAAUCUGAAAGGACUGGGAUUGGGAGACUCAUGGAUAUCACCUAUAGAUUCAGUGUUGACAUGGGCACCAUAUUUGUUAAAUUUGGGAAUUGUUGAUCAAAACGAAUAUGAACAAAUUCAGGUAUCAGCUGAAGCUACGAAAAAAGCUUUAGAUAGAGGAAAUUUUUCGGAGGCUACUUCGUUAUGGUCUUCGACUGAAGCUUUGGUAAAACUUGUAACAAAUAAUGUUGAUUUUUAUAAUGUUUUAAGUCAAACGCCUUCACAGCAAGGUAUAAGAAUAUUUGUUUUCAAGAACACGGAAAUACUAAUUCAAACUUUUACUGUUUUAGGCAAAUCACCUCAUUACUUAUUAACAGCGGAAGAAGAUGAAAAAAUUAAUACUUUAAUGAACGGAGUAGUAAAGGAAGCUUUACAUCUGAAUCAUUCCUGGGGUUUUCAGUCAGCAUUUGUGUUCAUUUACCUGCGUGAAGAUUUUAUGAAACCUGUUACAGAUAUAGUUGAAAUUUUGUUGAACACAACCAAUAUUAAGAUAGGCGUCUAUAAUGGACAACUGGAUUUGAUCGUUGAUACACCCGGUACAAUUAAAUGGGUUGACAAUUUGGAAUUCAAAGAUUCAAUUUUAUGGAAGACAUCUGAAAGGAGUGCUAUGAUCGUGGAUAAUAUAGUAGAAGGCUAUUAUAAAAAAUUAGGCAACUUAGCAGUCUAUUGGGUCAACAGGGCCGGACACAUGGUUUCUAUUGAUAAUCCAUCGGCCAUGUAUUAUAUUUUGAACGAUGUAACUGAGGGUUUUUCUAACAAAUAAAAGAAUUAAAAAGAGACUUAUGCAUAAAAAGUCAAGCCAAA